CCCCAGCCUAUCCCAGUGCAGGGAUGCCCAGCAGGAUGAAGGCAGCCUGGCUUUUGGGGGCUCUGGUGGUCCCUCAGCUUUUGGGCUUUGGCUAUGGAGCCCGGGGUCCUGGGAGGGAGUGGGAGGGAGGCUGGGGAGGUGCCCUGGAGGAGGAGCGAAAGCGGGAAUCGCUGAUGUUGAAGGAGGCACAGGAGCUGCCCACUGGGGUGGGGAGUAAAGAUGGUCUUGCUGGAAACCCUGAAGGCAAAAGGGUCUGGGGGACCAAGGAGCCGCAAGGAGAAGCGGAGGAAGAGGAGACCACCACAGCAUCUACUUCCAGGCCCAACCCUUUCCCCAGCCCUUCUCCCACAUCAGAGGACACCAUCACUUACAUCUUGGGGCGCUUGGCUGGCCUGGAUGCAGGCCUACACCAAUUGCACAUUCGUCUGCACGCUUUGGACACUCGUGUGGUCCAGCUGACCCAGGGACUGCGACAGCUGCGGGAUGCUACUAGUGACACCGGCGACUCAGUGCAAGCCCUGAAGGAGGCGCAGGUCCGUGCUGAGCAAGAGCAUGGCCGCUUGGAAGGCUGCCUGAAGGGCCUGCGCCUGGGCCACAAGUGCUUCCUGCUCUCGCGGGACUUCGAGACUCAGGCGGCCGCGCAGGCGCGGUGCAAGGCGCGGGGCGGGAGCCUAGCACAGCCGGCGGACCGCCAGCAAAUGGAUGCGGUAGGUCGGUACCUGCGUGCUGCACUCGCCCCCUACAACUGGCCGGUAUGGCUGGGCGUGAACGACAGGCGUUCUGAAGGGCUCUACCUUUUCGAGAACGGCCAGCGCGUGUCCUUCUUCGCCUGGCACCGCGCGCCCAGCCCGGAGCCCGGCGCCCAUCCUAGCGCGGCAUCACAUCCACUCAGCCCGGAUCAGCCCAAUGGCGGCGUCCUGGAGAACUGCGUGGCGCAGGCCUCAGACGACGGUUCCUGGUGGGACCAUGACUGUGAGCGGCGCCUCUACUUCGUCUGCGAGUACCCCUUCUAGAGAGCCGGCCCUUGCCCCAGAGCUCCAGCGCACAUUCUGCACCGUGCACCCUACUGCCUGGGGUUACUCAGAGGUUCACAAUCACCCUGAAUAAAUCUCAGUAAGAAGAGGCUUUUUCUUUUAGAUAUUGGCACCCAGACUGAUCGGGGC